CCGUUCUUCGUCUGAGAUAGCUUGAAAGCACCUGGCACCUGGAAGAACUCAGCAUGGAGACCAGUGAUCAGGGAGCCUCAUCGUCCACAAUGAUCUCCAGGCAGCCAGAUUCUCCAUUCGCUGAAAAGCAUGUGCAUACAGCCACCCAGCCAAGCACAGGGUUGUCCGAACAGAACUUGGAUGACUCUCCACUGGCCAGAGCACAGAGAGGCGUUGAUCGGGUUGAAGCCACGACACUUGGCUGGAAUAGAAUUUCCUUGAUCAUUACCUACAUUUUGUUGUGGGGUAUGUACCUGCUGUUCGCGUUUGAACGGUCAUUCAAUCGCAACCUUGGACCAUACAUAACCAGCGACUUUAACCAGCACUCCCUCCUCCCAACUGUUGACUUGGUGGCAAGCAUCCUGGGCGGAGUGGCAUAUCUGCCAAUGGCCAAGGUUCUGAAUAUAUAUGGGCGACCCGAGGGUCUUGUGGUCAUGUCCCUUGUAGGGGCUAUUGGGUUGAUACUCACCGCAGCCUGCACUAACAUUCAAACUUAUUGUGCUGGAGUGGUCUUCACCACAGUUGGUUUCUAUACUGCCAUAUAUGCUGUUGAUGUCAUUACCGCCGACACAUCCAUGUUGAAGAGCAGGGCGCUGGCUUACGCCUUUACGUCGACACCGUAUAUCAUAACCGCGUUUGGUGGCCCAGCCGCAUCUCAGUCACUGCUCAAGCAUGAUCGGAAUUGGCGUUGGGGCUUUGGUGCUCUCGUCAUUUCCGUCCCGGUCGUGGUUGCGCCGUUGGCUUUCACCAUGUUCAGGGGAGAAGGCAAAGCUAUCAAAAGCCCACCAGCGACCAAGACUGGAGGUAUUCUGAAGCGGGCAUCGAGGCUUCUGAUAGAGUUUGAUGCGGCGGGCAUCUUCGUACUUGCAGCCGGCGAAGCGUUGUUUCUCCUUCCGUUCAACCUAGCAGGCUCUGCAGCUGACAAAUGGGCAUCUCCCCAUAUCGUGGCCAUGUUGAUCCUUGGUUUCCUGCUGCUGGUAUUGUUCCCAUUUGUGGAGAGAUGGGCACCUGCUCCCUUUGCGCCCUGGAAGAUGCUGACGUCUGGUACGGUUCUGAUCAUCUGCAUCAUCAACGCAUUGUUCGCCAUUGCAGAGGAUACGUGGUCCAGCUACUUCACUUCUUAUCUUCAAGUCGUGUACGGCUUGAGUGUCUCGCACGCCGGGUACAUCAAUGGCAUCUCUAGUGUCGUUGGAGGUAUCUGGCAGCUAAUAAUUGGACUGCUGAUACGUUGGUCCGGGCGGUUCAGAUGGUUGCUUCUCACUGCCACGCCUAUCUACGCCUUGUUCGUGGGUCUGUUGAUCUACUUCCGAACACCAAGCACCAGGGUGGGGCUCAUCAUCAUGUGUCAAUUCUUCCUUUCCUUUGCCAGCAAAGUGAUUCUCCUGUGCGUGCAAGUGGGUGUCGUCUCCACGGUGCAGCACAGCGAGAUCGCUACUGCCAUCGCUCUCCUGGGCCUGUCUGGGUCUAUCGGCUUUGCAAUAGGAGAUAGCAUAUCGGGAGCAAUCUGGACAAACACGCUUCCUCAAGAAUUGGCUCGCUUGCUCCCGGAGACGGCCAAAGCACAAGCUGCGGCAAUUUAUGGCAGCUUGACCGUCCAACUUUCUUACCCCCUAAACUCGCCCGUCCGCAAUGCCAUCAUCCAGGCCUAUGCGAUUGCACAAACUAGGAUGCUGAUUGCGAGUGUAGUGGUGUCGGGAGUGAUGCUCUUCUUCGUUCUUUUGGUGAAGGAUGUCAAGAUUUCAGAUGUCCAACAGGUGAGGGGCACCUUACUGUGAUCAUCUCAGGCUUGGGAGCAAAGAGGCGGACAAGGAAUGGUGUUUGGGGAUUCAAGGGUGCUCAGACUAGACUAUGUGUUCAUGAGGAUGGUAUGUUAUCGCUAGGGAUAAUCGAGGCUUGCGAUGUUGGAGGGCUCCAGAGUGAUGUAUGAGUUGUCAAGGGAUCAUACAAAAAUGACCGUGCGCGUUAAGACUUGAGCCAUAGCUGCUGUCUAUACCUAGGAACAGUUGGG